CCAUUUCCAUCUUGUUUUUGCCUUAUUAUGUGAUCUAAGUAUUCAUGCAUCUAGUCUGAAGUAGAUGUACUGUCAUUGCACCAGAGCAGUUUGAAAUUAUUUUCUUUUUCGUUUUUUACAGAGUCAUGCUCUAAGAGGUUGGUUCAACCCUUCCCAUCCCUUUUUCAACCUUCUGGAAUUGUUACAUUUACAAAUUUAUGUUAUAUUUUUAUUCCUCCAGGCCUCAGAGCAAAAAUCAGCACUCUGCUACAAACCACAUGACCAAGCAGGAUGAAACUCAACACACUUCUCCUGUCCAAGUGGAAUCAGAGGAUGUCACAUAUUCUUUGAUUGAGCUUAAAAACACCACUCCAAGGAAGAAGACCAAGAAACCAGAGGAGAGUUGUGUUUACUCUGAUGUUAAAAUACGCCCUUCCACAGGAAAAUCAGAUCCUGCCACAGCUCAUGAAACGGUUUAUUCUGGAGUCAAACCGGGAAAAGAACUUGGUGAUUGUACGGCAGUAAAAUAGCACAUUGACAUUUUUCACUGUAAUUAUGUACUUUUAGACAUAUCAGAAUGUAUUGUAAAAAAAAAAAAUAUAUCUGCAAGUUACCAUUAAUUACUGAGGAAUUUUUUGGCUUUUUCUCCAGCUCAAUAAAAAGUUCUGUAUAAACAAAAUCAAGAGGAACGAUGACAAAAGAGCAACUAAACCCUAACCAAUUUAAUCCAGAAUAUCCCCCAAACCUAAAAAUAUCCCAAAUUAAGUGGCAGUGGUAAACUUUUAAAAUUAUCAGUCCCUUUUUUUUUCUUUUUUGGUUUGUAAUAUAGUGUGCACAUUGGGGAGAGGGCCUCUGGAUUGGUGGACUGGGGUGGUGGUUCCCCUCUUCAAUAAUAGGGACCGAAGCAUUUCAGUGGACCAUACUCCUCAGUUUCCACUAUAAGUCUAUGCCAGGGUACUGGAGAGACAAACCUCGCGUCCUCAAGUGACAAUGUGGUUUUGGUCUUGUUUUCAGAACAACACAUCUGCUAAUGUAAAUGAAUAUGUAAAUGCAUAGGCAUAUGUAUCAAGUUGUAAAGAAGUAGGCAGGAUUUGAAGUAAUGACUAUUAGUUAGUCAUGCUCUAUAUUGGAGCAGAUGAAGGACUACAUAGACCUCUUUCAAUUUCUGGGGAUGAUAUUUACUGAUUACUAUUUUCCUUAUGUUUUGCUCUUGCAUUUUAUUAUUUGUUUUUCAUAUUUUUUAAGACAUUCAAAAUAAAGACAUAACUAAAGCCUUA